UCGUUAGCUGAAGAAAGCCCUUAUGCCGGACCUCCAAGUACCAAAAUCGACCAGGCGUGGAGCGACCUCCUCGAGCAUGUCAACAUACAUGCCUCUGACGCUGAGCUUGCGGAGGCGAACCAAACGUCCGUUGCGCUCCCCAACGGGCAGGGCUCCUUGGUGUGGAUGGACGUCAGCCACCAGCUGCACUGCGUGAAAUACUUACGCCAAUGGAUCUACCGCGAUCACUACCACCCUAACGUAGGGCCUGACGAGGAGCCGCACUGGCUAUUGCACACAGAUCACUGCCUUGACCUGAUCCGCCAGGCCUUGAUGUGCCGUGCCGACACGUCAUUAAUGACGUUCGAAUGGGCAGCCGGGAGGCGGGAGCCGAUGCUCAAGCUGCAGUCGCCUGAGCACGCCUGCGUGGACUGGGAGGACCUGAUGGACAAGGUGCGGGCCCGCAGGGUCAGCCAUGCGGACAUGGCACUGCUA